AAUUUCGUAAGCAGCGUGAGAUACAACUAAUGAAACAAAUGUAUGGGGAAACUGUCUUAGAGAAAAGGAUGACUGAUGAAAAGAUGAUAGAGAAAAAGAAAGAAAAUGAGAAACUUCAUAGGAAAAUAAUUGAAUUGGAAAAGUUGUGUGAUCAAGACAAGGAUCAAGCUGGGGUUAAGGAUGCCAAGCAGGAAAAAACAGAUGAGGAUGAUGAGGAUGAGGAUGAGGACCAAGAGCAGGAUCCGGAUGAGGUUAACGAUGAUGAUGGGAAUGAGAAGAUGAAGAAAAUUCGAAAAAAGUUAAAGGAGACGGAAGAGGAGUUGGAAUAUGCUGAAGCUCAUAACCAUAAACUUAUUGCAAAGCAGUCUGAAUUAGAGGAGGCUCGUGAGGAGUUAAUCUAUGGAUGGGAUUCAGCAAGUCGUGCUUUUAUUGGCGUGAAGAGAAUGGGAGAGCUUGAAAGCAAACCAUUUCAAACUGCAUGCAAGAGAAAAUAUCCUAUGGAUGAAGCAGAUGACCAGGCAGCGGCACUAUGUUCUCUGUGGGAGAGUUAUCUUAGGGAUUCUUGCUGGAAACCAUUCAAAACUAUAAGGGUAGCCUUUCGUCAACUACCGAAGAUAACUAUUGAUGAGGGAGAUGAAAAACUGAAAAAAUUAAAGGACGAGUUUGGUGAUGAGGUCUACAAUGCUGUGACAACUGCCUUGCUGGAAUCGAAAGAGUAUAAUAGUCACCAUGGUAGGUAUACAGUAUCAGAAUUGUGGAACUUUAAACAAGGGAGGAGAGCAUCAUUAAAAGAGGGUGUCUCGUAUUUACUGAAGCAGUUGAAACUGCAGAAAAGGAGAAGAUCAAGAUGAAGGCAUUUUGGAAAGAAGAUGGAGUGCUUAAAGAGCUUUGGUUACUGUCAAGAGUCAACUGGCUGCUUCUUAAUGUUCAUGCUCAUCUGUUAUGUGAUGAAUAGAUUGGAACUUAAGAAUUUUCUUUUGGCAUCAGAUGUUGUGAGAGACUUGUCUGUAUAGGGAUCAAGUCAAGCAGUGGUCCUCUUUACU